AUGACCAACAACAGCGAGGAUUGCAAUUUUACAGCCAUCGACAGCCUGGCAUGGACCGUGCAGCUAGGGAUCUCCAUCCCCACCUUCAUUCUUGGGCUGAUUCUCAACAUCCUGGCCCUGUUUGUGUUCUGCUGCUUCUGGAGAAAGCAGACCAAGACCUCUGUGUACAUGAUCAGUCUGGUCCUGGCAGACGUCCUGCUGCUCCUCUCCCUGCCACCAAAGCUGUACUACUCCGUCACCACAGCGCCUGGGCUGCUGUGUUCCUUCAUACAGGCUCCUUACUUCGUCAACACCUACACCAGCAUCUUCAUCAUCGUCUGCAUCACUGUGGACAGGUACAUCUGCAUAAAGCACCCCUUUGAAGGUCGAGCUAACCAAUCCCCCAGGUGGGCGGUCUUCAUUUGCUGCUUCGUCUGGGCAGUAGCUUGGAUCUGCAGCAUCCCAAUUUAUGUGUUUCACAAGAAGGAACAUAUUAAAUGCUUUCACAACAUGUCGGACCAGACAUGGAGUGUCCCCUUCAUCGUUUCUGUGGAAAUAUUUGGGUUUCUGAUCCCGCUUGCAGUGAUGGUUUUCUGCUCUGCUCAAACCAUCUGGAUCCUUCUGAAUCACAAAACUCAUGCCAAAAAGAAUGUAGAAGAAAGCGGCUCCUUGCGAAUAAUCGUCAUCAAUCUCGUGGUGUUUUUGGUGUGCUUCACACCCGUCCACCUUGGGAUCUGCCUGCAGUGCCUGGUGAGGCAGCACGUGAUCGUGGGCUGCAGAAUGAAGCAGACCAUCAGCCUGUUCCUCCAGGUGUCCAUGACAUUUGCCAACCUGAACUGCUGCCUCGAUGCCAUCUUCUACUAUUUUGCUGCGAAGGAAUUCUGUAAGAAAGCACAGCUGAAAAGGGUCAUCGAGCUGUGUCCUGUCUUUAAGCCCUGUGCCAUGUGA